UCACAGUGCCAAUACUUAUCGCCACUUGAUUUUUUGACGAGUAUAGAAAUGAAGCUCAAACUUACUUUUGACGAGUAUUAAGUUUAAAUAACUUUAUUCUUUGGCAUCUUUACCAUUGCUUCUCACAAUUCCUUCCGCGGCCGCCGGAACAAAAGAUGUCUGUGGUUGUCGAAAUGGGUAUGCAUGCCCUCUUCGUGACCAUUUGGAUGUCUCCCGCGAUUGUUUUUUUUGUCAUGAACAAAUCCACUAAGUGAUAUCGUCCAUUUGUUGAAUCAGAAUCAAUCUUCAAGUGAAGAUCCUUCCAAGCAGAAGACCACAUCUUCCGCAGAGCGACUUCUGAUCAGCAGUGUGGUAUGUAGUGAGGUCACGAACGUUCUAUCCUAGCUGUUUUUUUGCCAGGUCUCAUCCAAAACGACCGGCAGUUUUGAAGCGGCCGGAGGUGUUUUUGGACAUAAAAGAUUUUCAAAUAUCAAGCGGCCAGGGCUUUAGCGGCAAAAUAGCCCGAGCGGAUUCUAUCGAUUCCCGCUUGAUGAAACGACGCAGGGGAGCCGGCAAAAGGGGCGCCCUUCUGAGGCGCCCGGCGCGUCUGUUUCCGUCGAUUUGGGGCGCCCUAAAAGGGAUGCCCAAAAAGCAGCACUCCGAAAAAAGCAGCGAAUCCGCAUAGUAUGGGCCUCAUUUUGGCCCACAUUCGGGCCUCGCAAAAGACGCCACCAAAAUCCGCCAUUUCAGAGGCGGACUCAAGGACAGAAGACGCGGCAUUUUGACAAAAAAGAACAAUAAAAACCAAAGUCCGCCAAAAGCAGAAAGCCAAUCCGCAUGCUAUGUGCCCGAUUUGGGGCUCCCAAGCGGCCGACCCUGGCGGGGGCCCUGGCGGGUCCAUAGCAUGCGGGGAAGGUUUUCCGAUUCGAAACCAAAGGGAGGCCAGUUCUGGAUCGGGAUUUUUAGCGACCGCCGUGCCAUCCUGCAUGACAUUACUCACGGUGGCACGGUGGGCAGAGAAUUCGCGUCUUUUUUCGGCGUGAAGACAAAAAAGCCGCCAUGACCUCACUACCCCCGCUGAGGCGGCUAUUAUUGGUACCACAUCAAAGAAGAUGUCGUCCUGGGUGAGCAGCAACUUUGCCGUCCAUGCUACGGAGUUCUCGCCGUUUCACGGCGACCUGCUGCUCAUGGGCGCCGCUCAGUACUACGGGAUCACCGGGAACGGCAAGGCGCAGGUGUUUCUCUUCCAGAACGGGCAGUGGGUGCCGCAGGUCGAGUUUUUGACCCAGGACGGUGUCUUAUGACAGUGCACAACUCCCCAUUCCUCUCGUUUGUCGUGCAAAAUCCCAAACCCAGUUGCUGCCAUGUAGCACUGUUUGCAUAACAAAUUCUAGAAGCCCAAACAGUACUACAGUUGGCGCAUAAAUUUGUCAUGCACAGGAUUCACGUGUCGGUCCUUGUGUUUCUAUUGCUGAUCAUGCCUAUACAAAUUCAAAUAAGGCUGACGCGACGGUGAGGGUGAGUUGUGCACUCGCAUAUGUCUACGACGUGGCCUGGUCCGAGGAAAACGAGCACGUGUUUGCCAGUUGUCAGGGCGACGGGACUUUGAAGAUCUUCGACGUCAAGCAGCCCCGCGGCCCGUUGCUGAGCAUCCGGGCCCACGAGCAAGAGGUGUACGCCGUGCACUGGAACUGCCACAUACGGAAUCUGCUCUGUACGGCUUCCUGGGACAAAAGUAACGCGGUGUUUGACCUCAACACGGGACAGGUUACGACAAGGUAUUACUUGAUGAUUCUUCGACUUCCAUUUCGUCCUAGCCUUCUCGUUUUUAGCUUUCCAAUUUGAAGCGAGAAUGGAAAAAUUCUGCUCGAAAACCCGAAAACCAAAAAUCCUCACUGCAGGUACCGCUCACACACUUCUGUUGGCUACCACGCGUGUUGGUCCCCUCACCAUGGCACGAUGUUCGCCUCCGUCGGCGGCGACGGCUGCCUCUUCAUCUACGAUCUCAAAACCCCAGCCAACACGAGGCCCGCGCAAGCUAUCCAAGCGCACCAGUUUGAAGUGCUGUCUGGGGAUUGGUCGAAGUACGACCAGAAUCAAUUUCUAACGGGUAGCAUCGACAAAACGAUCCGGGUGUGGGAUUUGCGGAAAAACAACGCACCACUAGCGACCCUUUUCGGGCACCAGCUCGCGGUUCGCAGAAUAAAGACCCACCCGCACAAGCCGCAGCUGGUGGGGUCAGUGAGCUACGAUAUGAGUGUGAAAAUGUGGGAUCUGUCGAUCAUGCAGCUCGUGCAAUCCUUCGACCACCACCAGGAAUUUGUGAUCGGCCUGGACUUCUCACUUUUCGAAGCUGGUUUGAUGGUCUCCGGGAGCUGGGACCGGACCAUGUGUAUAUGGAACCACGAGCGCGGGCCGCCGAUGCCCUGUCCUUUUCCAAAAUUGGCGGGAAAUGGACCAGCGGGCUCUGCGGCGGCGGCAGUGGGAAAAGGCAAGGCGUGACAUGAUUUUGCGCAGGCCGGCAAAGAUGACGACCGGUAGGGCCGCAAGGUUUAGGUUACGUUGAAAGUCGUGUUGGUGUUCGUGAUAGCGGUGCGAGCAUGUUGUGGUGGUGCCGGCGGUGGAAUUUCAGCGUGCCCGUACGCCGCGGUACCAUUAAGGUGCAAUCUCUGAUACAGCCUCGAGUUUCAUCUCAGCGUGGCGCAAUUGCAAGAAGUGGAGUUCUCAUCAUGCACAGAACUGCGUGGGACGCGUCACGGUCGAUUUCGCAACUUUUCCGUCAUCUCCAAAAUGCUGAAGCAAGCGGAAGGCCGGCAAGAGGAGCAGGUGGAUCGAAAAGAAAACCUUGGUCUCGGUGGAGCAUGAUCUGGAUAACAGUGAUGAGCUUUGGACUUAAUUUCAAUCGGGCUUCUAGUUUCCUGCUUCGUCCUUGCACCGCCCGCGGGCGCGGCCUUGGCUACGGCACGACAGGAUGGAUGUUGCUGUGCGUGCACUGGUAGCAAAACAUCAUCGAGAAAGACAAGGAAGAUGCUAAUUACUUACGCUAUGCCUUCCAUAUGAAGGGCUCUCUCUGCUUCGUCACCCCUGUGACGAAGCCUGCUCGCUUAUUUGAGAACAUGAACACAAGCAUGAACAUGACUCAGAUCAUGAACGCAGCUGUUUUACUUUCGAAAGUUUUGGUUCUUGUUAAAUGAACGAUCAGCAGUGACAGGAUUGUUGUUGUCCUUGUCGUUCGUGCACGUUGUCGCGUGCCCGUACGCUCCUGUCACACGAAU